AUGUCUCGAGCCCCAUCAACCCGCUACAAAAUAUCCAAUCCGCAACCCCUUCCCUCCGAUCUCAGGUCGGCCUACAGCACAGAUGCCCGCCCCUACCCCUCCUUCCCGACCCCACUACCCCGACAGUCUUCCCAACGCGACGGCACAUCAUCCAACGUAUCGAUCACCCCAUCCAAAGACCAUGGAGGGGCUAUCAUCAAGGAGCCGUCGACAAGUCCAGCCAGGCCUGCUCGGUCACGCAUGAGAGAUAUGCCCCAGCCUGGCGUGCCUCAAAGGCGAAACGCGGACACCCGUACAGGUCCAGGGCUGCCUAUACAGACCGCACAGAUAUCAGCCAGAGCAUCGCCCCAGAGCGACGGUCUGGAUAUACCCCCCCUAUCGCCGAUGACUCCGUCUGUGCAAGGGCAUGACCAAGAGUUGUCCGAAACCACAGACGUCUUCGCAAAUGAUCGCUCCCAAAGGUCGGAGCUUCGUGCCCAAGUAUCUGCUGCUGUGCAACAAUCACAGCAACCAUUUCGGGCUCAUAAGGGCACUGGCUCCGAUCAAGUCAGAAACGCAGUUGGUGCGUUCAUGAGUGCCGGAAGAAGUCGAGAUGAUGCCGCACCUCCUGCUCGACGGCCAAAACACCAUGAACGGGCGAAGAGAGAAGUCAAGGAAGAGCAAUGGGAGGAUGAUUUUCGAAAUGGUGAAGCUAGUGAUAUCGAUUUAACACUACGCCAAGUCAGAAAAGACUGGCCUUUUGUCAUGGAAAGUGACUUCUCGGCAUCCACACUCGCACUGUCUCUGCUCUCUGGCCAUCCAUCGUCGUCUCUCCCGGAGCACCCUGGUAUUUCUCCCUUCCUACGACUACACGACUCUCUUUCCACCGCGUUACAAUCCGCGGUACAAUCCGAGUCGAAACCCUUCGCCGCGUCUUUGCCGGGGCAUCAGAAUUUUCUGGACAUUCUGGCAAAAGCGCAAGAGCAAGUGCGAGAGUCCAAGUCUGACCUCAAGGCAGCCCGGGACGGAUUCGCUGGAAAGGGAAAGACAGAAUUGGCUAUCGUCAGGACGCGGGAAAAGACGGUGCGAGAUAUGCUGAAGAUAUUAGAUACCAUAGACCAUAUCAAACAGGUUCCGGAUCAGUUAGAGACUUUGAUAGGCGACAAACAAUUCCUUCGGGCCUCAUUAAUGCUUGUGCGCAGUCUCAAGACUGUCAGUAAGCCCGAACUUCUCGAGAUCGGCGCGUUAUCGGACCUUCGAUCGUAUCUCACAUCCCAAGAAACCACGUUGAGUGAAAUUCUCAUCGAGGAGUUGCACAAUCACAUCUACCUUAAAACAUUCUACAGCGACUCUCGAUGGCUCCCAUAUCAGCUGGGUCAACGAGAGCUACCGAUCAUUGACCCACAAGAGGACGAAUCGGUUCUUUCCCGCUCGCCCGACCCUUCGGCCACGAAAUCUAAAAAAAGUGAUCAACUAACCUCGCGGUUCUCCAGAUAUCUUGCGCAGCUCGAUCAGAAACCCAGCGCCGACCCUUUGUUGCUGUAUAGCGAUGACCUGGCCCCUCCUAUCUCAAGAUCUAUCGAUACAUCCCACGGAUUGAAAGCUUCCACGGCGCAUGCUUUCACGAAAUCAGGGUCGCACGGGUCCUUGUCCUCUCUGGCAGGAGAUGCCGAGGGCCCUCCUGAGAUGUUGAGUGCAAUUGGAUCGAGCAACCCUGAGGUUGAAUCUUUCUCCUACAUCGAGAGUUUGCUGGAGGCAUUGGCUGCAAUGGGUAGAUUAGGGCAAGCUCUGGAUGUGGUCACUCAACGAGCACCAGCAGAAACUCACGGACUGGUUGAAAGUACACUUGACGAAGUGGAUGACAGGUCACAGAGGCGAGACGCUCUUGAUGUCGCUCUGCGUACCCACUCUUCCGCCAAUCCAGACAUCUUUGCAAUGCCAAUGUCUUCUUCGCAGCGGACGCGCGCCUCACUUGAAGCUUCUAAAUUCGACGUGUCUCUUGAAGCCACCGGUCCUCCGCAGCAUGUGGCGCUCCUCAAUGACUUGUUCUGGACUUUGUACUCUAAAUUAUGUGCCGUACUUGAAGGCCACCGGGUCUUGUACGAAGUUUCACGGUGGAUCGCGUCGCGGAGAGAUUUUCGAAAUGUGACUACCCAGACUAGCUCAAGUAUGUCGUUCAAUGCGCCCAUCUCAGAGAUGUGGAGACCCAUACAGCAAGAAGUCAAGUCUAUAUUAAGCAAUUAUCUCACGGAUGAUCAGCAAGGUUCGACUCUGAAUAGACAUCACAUUUUGUCUGUCAACGAGUUUAUGCGCGAUCCCCGGGUCUCAAGAGACAAGGGCAGACAAUUGUUCAAAUUUACUGAAAGUGACGCUCGAGCUGUGCAGAGCGAAAUCAAAAGCGUUGACGACUCUGUUCAAGAAGCUUUGCACUCUUCUGUACCAGGACUCGUCAAUCCUAAUACUGAGCAACCGGUGCUCUUCACUGUCGACAAUGAUGACCGUUCUGUGUCAGGACGCUACCGUACUCUCGUACCACCGAAUGCUUUCAACGUCACUACCUUGUUCCAACCCACUCUCGCCUUCAUCCAGCGCACCUCUCAAAUUGUCCCGCAAGGCUUUGAAGAUGAAACGGGAGGAAUUGAUACAGUCUUGGAAGACUUUGUGGUCAAGGUGUUCUUACCGCAGCUAGACGAAAAGGUCACGGCAGGAUUCCAACAGGCGGUGUCUGGCUAUGACGCAUACCAGGUUGACCGCGCUCUACUGGUUGAUACGCCACAGCCACCAACCAAGUCUAGUGCCAGAGUCAUGACUCUAAUUCACACUCUGUGUGUCAUGCUUCAAACGACACCAUUCCAUCGAGAAAACUACAGUCGACUCAUCAUCGGAGUCAUUGUGCAAUACUAUCAACAGUGCAGCACGCACUUCAAGGAUCUCGCGUCCGUACCUUCAACGAUGGAUAAUCCUUCGGAUAGGCCCCUGACUGUGCCAGCUAUCUGGGCCCAGAGAGAAGACGUCACAGUGUACCUUUCUGAGCUACGAUUCGCCAUGGCGAGUUCUACCCCAGCUGCGCUGUCCUCUAUCUAUCGAAAGGAGCUCUCCAUCGAGUUGGAUCUACUCGGUUCAAAAGCCCCUACCGAAUCCCAGCUCAUCAAUUCGCAACGAAAGCUCGAAGCGCUGGGUGAUCUGUUGCGCAGCUUGCGCUGGUUCGUAAAAGCUCUCGUGGACCUGGAGAGUGUUGCAGAUGAAACAACUUUGCCAGAGGGGGACCCGCUCAAUGUAAAUCUCAUAGCCAAUACUCGUCCUUCUAUCAACGACGAAGAACCUCGUCUACCUCUGACUCGUGCUAUGGCGGAGCGAUAUCGAGCCAUUAUACAGACCUAUGAACAACUGGCGGAGAUGAUACUUAACACUAUCCGGCUGGAAAUCCGAUGUAGGGUCAUGUGCAACCUUGGCGCUUUUCUGCAGAACAGCGAUUUCCGGCUGGAAAGUGAAGCUUUGGAACCGGACUCUGAUAUUCUGGAUCUCAAUACAAAUCUGGUCGAGGCUGAAGAGUUAGUGCGGAAUGCUGUCUCUUGCGACGAUCACGAAUUCGUUUUCCAGGCUCUCGGGCCAUUGGUCGACCAUUGUUUCACUGGGUUCGCCAGUAGGCGCAUCAAAUGCGUCAACGGUGCCGGUGUUCGCAAGAUCAAGAGAAACAUCACGAGUCUUCAGCAGAUUCUCAGGGGAAUUGGGACAAAUAGCGACAAUGGCACGUUGAGUAAAGCUCUCGGCUAUUGGGGUCUUUAUGAGCAAGGGCCAAAGAAAAUGCUCGAGGGCUUGAAGGCACACAAAGGCCGACCGCCAUUUGCAUUCGAGGAAUACAAUACGAUGCUCAAAUUGCAGUGUACCGAUGACACCGAUGAGUUGAACACACAUCUCAUUGAUCUUCAUGCGUUAUCAAUGGAGAUCGACGGAUGGGAUCUUGGAGAAGAUUGA